GACUCUCUCUUACUCACUUAGUUUCUCUCUCUUUUUUUUAUUCUUCUCUCUUUUUCUGGUUCUUGGUGUUUGUUGUUGUUUCUUUUUUUUCUGGUUCAAUUUUUUUUCUCUCUUUUUCUAAAUCACAUGUUAACCCAAUGUCUACUAAAUUGUUUUCUAAUUUAUUGCUAAUUAAUAAAUCAACAUUCAUCUCUGAAGACAUCGGCUUUUUAACGAGCUUUUUUUGUCUCCAAAAGGAUUUACCUCAGGGUGAAUAUUGUGAAUCUCGCAUUUGGCUUGUAAUCACUACUAUUGUGCUACUUUCAUCGAUUGGCGUUGAUUGGAUUUACUUUGGAUCGGGAUUAUCCCUUUUGGUGACUCUCCUUUGUUCACCUUAUUUGUCCAUCAAUUUAUAUUAUCUAAUUUACUACAGAUUCAAUGAGUAUCGAUUGAUUAACCGUUUCAAUGGAUUGUGUUACUAUCUUGGGGAAAAUCAUUUUCUACUCAAGAAAUUGUUAACCUUGGGUCAAGAAUUGCAGAUAAUUGAGAAAAAUUGCUCUCUAAAUGAUUUAAAUUCAUCGAAAAUUGUCCAAUCAACUUUCUCAAUCACUGUGAGACUAUUUAAUCUACUUAGAGAAGAAACUAAAUUAGCUCUUAGUUUACCUGCAACUAUCGAAGAUUUAAAUGGAGAGGACAAUUAUGUCUCAUGUUUACCGAAUCAAUUAUUUGAAGACCUAAUUCAUGAAGAAAAUCCAACAUCAUAUCAACUCAAGAGUUUAAUGCAAUUGGUGAGGAUUCAACAGUCAGAAUAUCUCAGGAGGAUUCUGUGUGCUCAUAUUUCAGGAACUCUCAAAGAAAAGUGCCAAACUCUUACCCGUAUCACGAAUUCUUUACAAAGGUGUAAAGAUAAAAUUUUACCUGAAUUUUCAAGAUUAAAAUCCUUAUAUGCUUACCAUCAAUCGUCAUGUUACAAACAAAGCGAAGCUCAAACUCCAGUGCCUUUAAACGCUGCAACUUUCGAUAUCAAUUACUCUUUAAGAUCAAUUCGUCUUCAUCUUCAGGCUGCACUUUUAUUACUAAACAAGAUCGAAAGUUUAUCCACCCAAGAUGUGAAUCUCAAGCAUUACUGUAUCAUGGAUGAUGUUUCCAGGAUAGAGAAAGAACUCAAUCUGGGAACGGAGAGUUUGAAAGCCUUUUCGAAAAAACUUCGAAAAAAUGAUAAUACAGAAUCUUUCAAACCUCUAAAAGCUCCUGAAUGUGAUCCCGAAAAUGAAUCUCAACCUGUGAUAAUUGGUGAAAAUUUUCAACCAACGAUUGAAGAUCAAGUAUUUGAACUAUUCAUCGACGAUGAUGAUUGUCUAAAUUGUCAAUAUCAAGAUGAUAUCGACGAAUCUCCCAUUAUGGUUGACGAUUUUACCACAAUUUCGUCCAAUUUAUUUCAAGAACUUAAAACUGCUCUCAUACCCAAAGCCGAAGAAACCAGGGAACGAGAAGCAAAAGCCUUAGGAAUACCCAAAGAAGAAGUGCCUAUGCAAUUAAUCAAUGAUUACAAUUUAAAAUCUAAAGAAGGACCAAAAAUACCUCAAUCAAUGAGACAAGAAACUGAAUUAGCUAAUUUUUUCAUUUCCAAUAACAAUUUAACAUCAGCAUUAGCUACAAGAGCUGCUCAAAUUAGCAAAGAUCUCAAGCUGAACAGAAGCGAGGAAUGUUUCGGCGAUAGUGAUAACGACGAUAUAACCGAUAACGAACUGAUUUGUACCUGAAUAAUUUAAUAGCUCACCAGGAAUAAGCUAUUAUCCACCACUGUGAUUUAGAAAUUUUAAUUCAAUUAAUGUCUUCCAAUUAGACUUCUAACUUGAUUGUUUAUUUUUCUCUUUUAAAGUUACAAGUUUAUCUCAUGAAAAGUUGACAUUUUAUACAAAGUAUUUUCUUUUAACAAGACAAACAAUCAUUACGAUUAACAUUUCAUGAGAUUUUCAGAGCUCACGAUGAAAAAAACCCAAUGGAUAAAGAUGAAAUUGAAAACAUGUAAUUAGUAAUACAUAUGAGUUUAAAUGAAAUGAAAUUGUUGUUACUCACGUUUGAUUAAUCAAUAGAUUUUAAUCAAUCCCAAGUCGUUGAUUUUCUUGAACAAUUUGCUGUAUCAGUAAAUCCUCCUCGUACUUGGUUAAACCAGGACGAACACAACAAUCACAACGUUGAUUAUUUUUACAAUAGACAAGCGCUUCUGGUCUUACCGAAAGCGCUUUCAUGACUCGAAAAGUAUCAGUGUUACAUUCAGUUCGAUAACAUUCAUCCUGAUCAUCAUUCUCAUCAUUUACUGGAUAAAUUUUUCCUUUCGACUCGAAAAGUAGAUCAUUAUUAUUACGAUUAACCAUUGGACCAUUGUAACCAUAGGAAGAUCUCUUUGGCAUAAAAGGAUGAACAUCAUAAGGAUUGAAUGGAGUUUCAUCAAUUGCAUAAGAUUUAACCGGAUCAACGAAAUUGGAAACAAUCAAAGUCACCAUAAACCACAACAACAACAACAAUUUAACUUCUUUUAUCAUGAUGAUGAUAAAAAAACUAAAUCAAAAUCAGAAAAAGAAGACGAGAAAGAAAAAGUAAUCAAACAACAAUUCUGACAAUCAAGUUAACAGAAUUAAAGGAGAAUCAGAAUAUAAAAUGGUCAACCACUUAUAUACCUUGUCGAAAAUGUUAAAUACUCUGUAAACCCAUAUUCCACAUCGGAAAAUGUACAUUUAUCUUGCUCGAAAUUUUCUAUUACCUUUAAUCCAACGAUAAAUGUACAUACGGGCAACUGACAGUUUAUCUCAUUACCUGUUCUCUUAAAUAUAUAUAAGAUAUUUUGUUCUUAUUCUGUAAUAAUAAUCAAUUGUUCCCUCAUGGAUCCAAUGAAACCUUGUCAUGGGAAUGA